AUGAAUGGCCCACCUCCCGGGGUGGGGUCCCCGGGUCCCCGCGGGGCUCCGAAUCUCGCGGUCUCGCCCCACAGCGUGCGGCGUGCCCGGCCGUUUGUGCGCGAGGCGGGGCGCGGGGCUCCCCUGGCCCUGGGCGCGCCGAACCCCUCGGCGGCGGGGGCGAGCAGCAGCCGGGGCGGCGCCCACGAGCAUAGCGAGGCCGGAGAGAAUGUGGACUGUGACUCCUGGGUCCGAGAUAAAGUGCUCUUUCUUCUGCACCCGGAGAGGUGGUUGGGGACUCAAGGGGACUCCGUACGGGAAGAAGUGGCCGAUGAGGAGGACCUUUUCAAAGCGGGAGGACAGGACAGGGAACUCGACUGCCCUUCGCCUCUCUUUCCACGGGAAAAGCGAAUUUCUGGCAGCCGUGUAGAUGCUCCCUCCCGAGCUCCGGGGUACCCACCCAAACCCCUCCUCGUGCGGGUCGUGGAUUAUGAGGUGACACAAGAAGUCCUGCAGGUCGCGUGGGCGAAGGGCUGCAUGACCACGCUGACCGAGGAGCGCUCCAUGAGCGCGGUCACUUUCGCCGCUAACACGGAGUGA